AUGGCCGCUCUCAACAUCCAGAAGCACUUUAGCGGACUCCGAGUCGGUGUUGAUCGCCGUCGUGGCCGCGAUCCAUUUGCUACUGGCUUUGAAGAUGAUAGCGAUGAAAAAAGCAGACCGAGCAGACCGAAGACCAAGGCUCCGCCCAUCAAACCGCGAGUGCCUGCCGCUGCAGCCCCCAAGCCGGAUCCCACGUCUGCGAUCGCCGCCCUCGACGUCUUGCUCGACAGCGACGAGGACUUUCUCGACGUGCCCAAGACCGACACGAAGAAGGCGACCGACCGCCGACCCAGUCCUGCACCUGGCAAUCUAGCCUUACACCGAGUGACGGACGGAGCAGGGCGUCGUGGAUCCCUUCCAGGCGUCCUCCCGCCGACCAAACGAGCCGCUGAGCUCGCCGUGGGUCAGCUCGCCUACCUCGACGACAGCAGCGACGACGAACGGCCCCCGCCAUCAAAACGAUCCGGUCGGCGCAAUAGCCCAGCGCCGCGGAAAUCGUCCGACGAUUCGUGGGAUCGCUCCGACACGCCACGGGGCGACCGUGUUCCAGCAAAAGAGGCUCCCGUCGCAGUCCCUAUAGUCCCGGCCCACACCGUGGCCUCGCCCUUCGCCGGCACCAAAUACUUGCAGGACAGCGAAACAGACAGCGACGAAGAAGCCGUCAGCUCGCGAAAGGGCUCCACGGAGAGCACCACCACCGUCAGCACCACCCCGCCCGACCCAUCCACCUCGCCCGCCACGAAGAAGACGUACGAGGUGCCGCGAGUCGACAAGGCGAAACUCCACGGCGGUGUUUCCUGGCGCGCCUUUUCCGCCGGACGGGCCGAGCAACGACACGCCGAGGUCGAGGCGCUCGCCGCCAGUCUGCAGCGACGAGGAAGAUCGAUAUCCUUCUGCCCGCUCGUCACCACCGACGACGGUCGCCGCGUCCCGCUUUCGCCCUCCAUCGGGCCGCUCGGCAGCAAUGGCCGAAGAAAAUCAAACACCCGAGGAAAAUCGCCGCCCAGGCGCCCUGAAGACGUGGGGCCUGCAGACGACGCCGGCGGCGACGGCCGCAUCGCCUUCACAGGCAAUCCAUUCGCCGGACAGCGAGCGCGGAGCAACAGCGAUGACAGCGCCAAUGCCCUUGAACGUCCCACGUUCCACCACAGCAGCCUCCCUGACAUCCGCAUUGAUGAUGUCGCCAACCUCUGA